AUGGACAGCUCAAUAAUAAAUUUCCUAUUAAUUUGCGGAUUUAUCGGAUAUGGUUCCGCAAUAAUGUGCUAUGAAUGCAACAGUGCCUUAAAUUCCUUCUGCAGUGAGGCAGAGCUCCCAGACAAUUUGAAGAUUAACUGCUCGGAGCACGAUCGAGGUGUCAAGCACACGCUAUGUAGGAAGAUCGUACAGUACGUGGACCACGCAGUAAACGGGAAACUACCCGAGAGUAGGGUCAUACGGAGCUGUGGAUGGGACGAAACUAGAUACAAGGGUGCGUGCUAUCACCGAGCAGGAUACGGUGGCCGACAGGAAGUCUGCUCAUGUACAAGCGACUUCUGCAACAGCUCGCAGGAGUUGAACAUAUCUGCGGCACUCCUAAUCACGACUCUGCUCUUUUACUCCUGUAAAAUUAUAUGCGAAUAG